AUGGCUUCAGCAUGGUCACUAAGCGCUGAUUUUUCUACUAUAAAUUCUUAUACAGUAUGGUCUUAUGGAUAUAAACCUCCCGGUUAUCAAGUUACUGGGUCAUUUGUUUUAUUUACACACUUAACACUGGACCCACUAGAUAGUGGAAUUAUCUUUUGGACUCCCCCUGAAAAUGUUCCAAACCCGCAAAACAACGUUAAUCCAAUACAUGAAGACGGUCCAAGUAUAUCAUACAACCUCAAUCCAAUUACAACCAUUUUAGAUGUUGGUAGUAGUAGGAUUAUAUAUCCCGCACAUAGCAUCAAUAUACAUCCUUCUUGCGAUGGUAAAUUUUCUGUAGCGAGGUUUACUGCACCGGUAGACGGAAAUUAUGCUCUAAGCGUUAUAUUCACGCAUAUUGAUGACCAUUCAAACUUUACACAUACGGGAGGUUAUAUUAUAUAUAACAAUUCAAUGACACUUUGGGAAACCGAUAUAUUUGGUAUCGGAGAUCUUAAGUCGUACGAGUCAGCAGAAAGUGGUAUUACAGUCAAAAAAAAUGAAACAAUCGACUUCAUUAUAGGAAAUGGUCUAGAUAAUACAUGCUAUUAUGAUUCUACUCUUGCAAAUGUUGAAAUACGUUUAUUGCUGAAUAAUUCAACAAAUAAACAACCUCUUAUGUCUACCAUUUUAUUUGGAUUUGGGCUUGGCCUUUUCUGUUAUUAUAUUUCAUACGUACUUUAUUCACGUUACAAACAUUGGAAGAACACUUCCAUUUACGAGCCAUUGAUGGCUAAUACAGUGGCACAUCCAUAA